UUGUUUCAGAUCAUUGCGGAAUUUUUCACACCUCAAAACGUCACGUGCUGUUUGAUUGUGUGGUUUCGUCAUCUCGGCUUUACCGUAUUCUACGGAUGCAUCGUGCUGAAAAUCUACAGGAACCUGAGUGAAUUGCGAGCAAGAAGAGCGCACCACGUGGUGGUGCGCGAGAAAGACCAGCUCAAGUACCUAUGUUACAUGAUAGCUUUCACGUUGUCAGGCCUUUCGGCAUGGACAAUGACUUCAGUCGAGGCGAAUUCGUUAGAGCGUCCAUUCGGCUCGACGACCAGCCUGCUGACGACGGUCGGCUACUCCAGCGACGAACUAGUCGUGUCUUCGAUGACGAGGGCAGCAAGGUUCCACACUUGGCUCAGUUCCAGUCCGAACACUUUGAUGUUGCUCAGUUUCAUUCAGGUGCACUUAACGGUAACCGUCACCGUUGCUGUAAUAAUAUUCUCAAAGCUUUAUCAUGCAAGUGUGGAACAAAACAAAAGAUCGAGUUCAUUCAGUUUUUGCCCGAGCAAAGCUCAUCCGUCUCUGGCGAAGCUUAGGGACAAUCUGGUGAACGGAACGGUAGACUUUGCCGAAGUGCCUAUAGCGGAAAUGAAUCCAGACGACAUCAGAGCGGAACUUAAAAGGGUCUAUACUCAGCUGCGAAUGUUGAAGCUGACAAACGUGUACUUGGACAACCCUCACAUUAUGAAAAGAAAAGGCUGCAAGAAAACCAGUAAUAAACAGGCCCAGUACAAACGGACUUCGCUUGGUACUUCGGUUAUUCCCAACGAAACGAAAAGGUACGUGGUAUCAGUUCGAGCCUUUACGACCGUUUCGCGUUUUCCAAAGGGAGUCCAGCCUCCGCAUUCUAGUGUUUGUGACAUCAAUUUUUUACCUCGAUGA